UUGGUUUUCUAAAAUUGGUGUAGGCAACGCCUUCCAAUGCGUGUUCACUGAUUGGUGCAGCUCACAUCAAUCAAGCUUUGCAGCAAGGUUGGUUGAACGCCAGCCGGUAGUUGAUGUCCCAUCAAAAGUCGUCAGUCACUGGUGGAGAGGAGUCGCAGUAAUCAGGCCACCACCAUGCAGUUUCUAAGGGGAGUCAUGGAGACUGUGUCCGCCGUCUCCAACCUCUUCUCCAACCCCUACCGCGUCAGGGAAGUACCACUGUCAGAGUACAGUGGAGGGGGGAAAGUCAAGCUGAAGGAGGAGGGACGCAUGGUGCUGUACAAGAACACCCCUUGUCAGAGUUGGGACUGCCUACUCAAGUGCCCUGAUACGCCCACAGUCGCCUUGAGGUUGUUUCAGGUCAACUCCGAGGAGGAUGCCAUGAACUGGUUCCCCCAGUACGCCCUCAAGCUUCGUCCCUUCUACGAGACCCUCUCCCUCACCAAGCCAGAGGCAGUCCAGCCAAUAGUAGACUGCCUCCGUAGUCACGCUGACUGGAGCUCAGCCCACAUCGCCGUGGAUACGGGCCUGAGGGAAUGCCUGAAGCACAACCAUGUCCAGAGCCAGAUCAACGCCAGGGACGGUGCUGGUCAGACCCCAUUACACCUGGCGUGUGAGCGGGGGGAAGUGGCGUGUGUCAGAGAGCUGCUGGAGGAGUGCCAGGCUCGCACCGACAUCAAAGACAAGAACGGGGAGACGCCAAUGCAUUGUGCCGCCAAGCAGGACUCUGCUACUAUUAUACAGGCGCUGUGCAGUAGGAUGUGUGCGGGGGUGAAUGAGCUGAACGGGGCGGGGGAGACGCCCCUCCAUGUUUCUUGUCGCCUUGGGAGGGUAGAGGCCGUGAACGCACUCCUGGGGGGAGGAGCCCGCUGUGACAUCAUCGGGAGCAGUGGCUACCCAAUCCACGCCGCCAUGAAGUACAGUGAGAAGAGUUGUGCUGAGGCUGUCCUGGAUGCAGACCCAGGUCAGCUACAGGUAGAAGAUGCUGUCUAUGGAGGAACCCCCCUACACUGGUGCAAGACUGCAGAGAUGUGUCGUACGCUGCUGGAACGAGGUUGCUUGGUAAACUACCUCAGUAAGACCGGGGAGAGUGCACUGCACGUCCUGACCAAGAGGGGGCGCUUCGAUGCUUCCAUGGUGCUGCUCACACACGGGGGGGAACCCAACCUCAAGGGUCAGGAUGGGAACACAGCCCUGCAUCUGGCUAUGAAGAUGGACCACAUGGAACUGAUCAAGGCUCUGAUCGUGUUUGGAGCCGACGUGGAGAUACACAAUGACCUGGGAGAGACUCCCGGAUUGAUAGCAGCACGCACAAGUAAAGGCGCCAACAGAAAGGUGCUACUGGACAUGCUGUGUAGUGUAGGGGUACAGCGGUGCGCCCCACCCUCCUCCCCCCUCAACUCCCAUCCUCCCCCCAAGAAGGUUGCUUCGUCACCAGGCAUAGGGUUCGAGGACAUCAUGCACGUUGCGGCGGCGGUGGGUGCGAUGAGUCGCGGCCGGGAGGAAGUGGACGGGUUCAAAACAGGAAGCAGGAAGAUAGACAGACUGCUGUGUCUGGAUGGAGGGGGCAUUAAAGGCUUGGUUCUGAUCCAGUUGUUAAUCUCCCUGGAGAAAGAGGCAGGCAGGCCCAUCAAGGAACUCUUUGACUGGGUUUCUGGGACCAGCACAGGGGGCAUACUGGCCCUGGCUAUCGUCCACGGUAAGGAUAUGGAGUAUCUGCGAUGCCUCUACUUCCGUAUGAAGGAGCAGGUGUUCAAGGGGUCGCGACCCUACGAGUCGGCCCCUCUGGAGGACUUCCUGAAGAAAGAGUUCGGCGAGAACACCAUGAUGACAGACGUACGGCACCCCAGGGUGAUGGUAACCAGUGUGCUGGCAGACAGACAUCCAGGAGAGCUCCAUCUCUUUAGGAACUAUGACCCCCCCUCCCUGCCCAGAGAACGCCCCUACGCUGGCACAGCCACCUUCCUUCCCCUCACCAUACCACAAGGAUGGGAGGAUGAGGAUGUGUUGAUAGUUGGAUACACUCAGGAACCUGCUAAAAAACAUAGGAAGGUGACCGACCAAGAGCAGGUCGUGUGGAGAGCCGCCCGUUCCAGUGGCGCCGCCCCCACCUACUUCCGACCAAUGGGGCGGUUUCUGGACGGAGGGUUGCUGGCCAAUAACCCGACACUGGAUGCCAUGACUGAGAUCCACCAAUACAACAAAUCCCUGAAAGCAGAGGGGCGUGGCCUGGAGGUGCAGCGUCUAGGUGUGGUGGUUUCUUUAGGGACAGGUAAACCUCCCCAGGUAGUGGUGAACUCUGUAGAUGUGUUCAGACCCUCCAACCCUCUGGAACUGGCCAAGAGCUUUGUAGGCGCCAAGGAGCUGGGCAAGAUGCUGGUGGACUGCUGUACAGACUCUGAUGGUUGUGCUGUGGACAGGGCCCGGUCCUGGUGUGAGAUGACUGAUACUGUCUACCACAGACUGAGCCCCCAGCUCUCCCAGGAGGUGAUGCUGGAUGAGGUGAGUGACGCCGUGCUGGUGGACAUGCUGUGGGAGACCCAGAUGUACCUCUACGAACAGAGGGAGAACGUCCAACUCCUGGCACAGCAACUACUCAACGGCUACUGAGGAGAGGAGAGGGAUGGGAGGAUGCUAUGGGAAUCCCAGAUGUACCUCUAUGAACAGAGGGACAUCAUACAACUACUGGCACUACAGGGGUUUGUUCAUUACGCCGAUUCUGUGGCAAAACGUUUCGUCAACAGAAGCAAAUGGAAGGGAACGGGGGGUGACCUACCAAUACCUACCUACCAAUUUGUUCAGUAGAAACUCAUUUUCUAUUGGGGUGUAAUCAUUGUGUAGAUGAAAAAUGUACUUGGACAUUUGCUCUGAGCUUUUUCAUCACCUGGUGGUUUGUCAGAGCGGUAGAGAGAGACACACAGAGAGGGGAAGAGGUAGAGGGAGACACACAGAGGGGAAGAGGUAGAGGGAGACACACAGAGAGGGGAAGAGAUAGAUACACACACACAGAGGGGAAGAGGUAGAGGGAGACACAGGGAGGGGAAGAGGUAGAGGGAGACACACAGAGAGGGGAAGAGAUAGAUACACACACAGAGAGGGGAAGAGGUAGAGGGAGACACACAGAGAGGGGAAGAGAUAGAUACACACACAGAGAGGGGAAGAGGUAGAGGGAGACACACAGAGGGGAAGAGGUAGAGAGAGACACACAGAGAGGGGAAGAUAAAAGAAGAGUGACGUUUCUUCUCUUUUAAUAAGUCAGUCUAAAACCUGGGGAAAGGAAGAUUCAGCUUUGCCCAACAGUCCUGAGACUGACACAGUUAUAAAUUAUACAAAAAAUAAAGAUCAGAAACAUUUAUACUGGAAAAAGAUAAGAAGCAGAGGAUUAGUUUGUACAAUUGAUCUCUUCUUGACAUAUCCUGAAGUUGUAUUAUUUAUUUAUUGAGCUAAUCCAAAUCCUUCAAAUAAUCAGAUUUACAUUCAAUAAAACAAAUGCAGCCAUGUAAAUGAUGUGAAUCACUGUUUUGCAUCAUUAUUACCACAUACUACACCCAUAAUCCCUCAAACCGACAUCCCCAUUCAAGUCAACGAUGCCUCAAUGGGAGGGCUGGCGGGCCAUUCUGAACCUGGUCAAUAAGAAACUCUUGUUUUCGUUGGCAACAUGUUCUACUAUGAUUUGCUACGGUGUGCACUAAUGAAUACGACCCGGAUCUAUCUCUUGUAACUACUUUUGUCCUAUCAGAUCUGCCUUCUUGCAGUCUUAACUCAUCUCAAUGGGUUGUGAUACUAUCUAUCUGCACUGUUUGUCUGUGUCUGAAAUGGCGCCCUGGUCAAAAGUAAGUCUACCUCGUGAAUAGGAUGUUAUUCAGACUGAAGACUUUCAGUUUUUAACUGAACUCCACCACUUGUUUGUAUUAAUAUCCUAUGUACGGUUGUGUAUCGGCUUUAUUAUUGAUGAUGAAGUGGAUAUAUGAAUAAAAUAGUAACCUAUGGAACUGAA